CAAAUAAAGCUAAGGGCUCAGGCAGGGCUAAAAUUGCUGCGCUUCCCUGAUACCUCGUUUCACCUGUGUUUCAGGAACCUGCUCAAACUUCUCUCCUGACAACAUGAAGAAGCAAGGCUCACACAGCAAUGCUGCUCCAGUUUUGCCAGCACUGCCGGAACCACUCAAAGAUCUGAAAAUUAAGUACACUAAGAUAUUUAUAAACAAUGAAUGGCAUGAUUCAGUCAGCGGUAAAAAAUUUGAUGUCUUUAACCCUGCGAAUGAAGAGAAAAUCUGUGAGGUUGCAGAAGGUGACAAGGCAGAUAUAGACAUUGCUGUUAAAGCAGCUAGAAAAGCUUUUGAGCUCGGAUCACCCUGGCGUACCAUGGAUGCUUCAGAGCGAGGAAGGCUCUUGAAUAAACUAGCUGAUUUAGUUGAAAGAGAUCGACUGACUUUAGCUACGUUGGAAGCUAUUGAUGGUGGUAAACUCUUUUCUACUGCCUACCUAAUGGAUUUAGGUGCCGGUAUUAAAACAAUACGCUACUGUGCAGGCUGGGCUGAUAAAAUCCAUGGUCGAACUGUUCCAAUGGAUGGAAACUUUUUCACAUUUACAAGACAUGAGCCUGUUGGUGUGUGUGGACAAAUUAUUCCUUGGAACUUCCCACUGGUUAUGUUUAUCUGGAAGAUCGCCCCUGCACUUUGUUGUGGAAACACGGUGGUUGUCAAACCAGCAGAACAAACACCUCUGAGUGCCCUUUACAUGGGAUCCUUAAUUAAAGAGGCAGGAUUUCCACCUGGAGUUGUGAAUAUUGUGCCCGGCUUUGGACCCACCGCUGGAGCAGCAAUUUCUCACCACAUGGACAUAGACAAAGUGGCCUUCACAGGCUCUACUGAGGUUGGCAAAUUGAUCAAGGAAGCAGCAGGGAAGUCCAAUCUGAAGAGAGUUACACUGGAACUUGGAGGAAAAAGUCCUAACAUUAUAUUUGCAGAUGCAGACUUGGAUGAAGCUGUGGAAUUUGCACACGUUGGUCUGUUCUACCACCAAGGACAGUGUUGUGUAGCAGGAUCCAGAAUUUUUGUGGAGGAGCCUAUUUAUGACGAGUUUGUUCGUCGGAGCAUUGAACGAGCAAAGAAAUACAUUCUUGGGGAUCCUCUGUCACCUGGUGUACAGCAAGGCCCUCAAAUUGAUAAGGAGCAGUUUCAAAAAAUCCUGGAUCUAAUUGAGAGUGGAAAAAAAGAAGGAGCCAAACUGGAAUGUGGAGGAGGUGCAUGGGGAAACAAGGGUUACUUCAUCCAGCCCACAGUUUUUUCUAAUGUUACGGAUGAUAUGCGCAUCGCCAAAGAAGAGAUAUUUGGACCUGUUCAACAAAUCAUGAAGUUUAAAACUAUAGAUGAAGUUAUCAAGAGGGCAAAUAACACUACCUAUGGCUUAGCAGCAGCAGUUUUUACCAAAGACAUUGAUAAAGCACUGACAUUUGCAGCUGCUCUUCAGGCUGGGACAGUGUGGGUUAAUUGUUAUAGUGCACUGUCAGCUCAGUGUCCUUUUGGAGGAUUUAAGAUGUCAGGAAAUGGAAGAGAAAUGGGAGAAUACGGCCUUCAUGAAUACACUGAAGUUAAGACUGUCACAAUCAAGAUUCCACAGAAGAACUCGUAAUUCUUCUUGAUGUGCAGAAUUUAGCUUCUUCAAAUGAACCUGAAAAAGCUAUUUGAAUUCUGAAAUGCUUUAUGUCCUGCAUUAUUCUUAACCUUUUUGCUUCCUGAUUGUAAAAGAAAAGCUUGCUUACAGUAACAAUAUAAAUAAUAAAGUAGAAAAUUUAAUGUAAUUAACUGAGAAAGGGAAAAUUUAAUGUUUGGAAAAUGACUAACUCCUUAAGAUUUAUUUUUAUUUUCAGUGGAAGCUCUCCAUAGUGCUAUGGAAAUGAUCCUUUCACUUAUAUCUUGCAUGUACUAUUGGAAUUUAUGUGGUCCUGUAAAUGUUAGAUGGCAAGCUGUUUUUUCUUUGUGGCCUUACCAAAAGCACUUAUGAGUAACUAGCAGGUGAAUACUAUUUUGUGUCUUUCAAAAUAAUGGACUUCUUCUAUAUAACUUUCUACAACUGCUGAAUUCUUUCAUCAUAGUGAGUACUACACAAAUGUAAUCUGGAUACUAUUAAAGAAUGAUAAAAUCAUA